UGAUGGUUAAUUUAUAAUUUAAGAGUGUUAAUUGUUUCUUAAAAUAGAAAUGAGAACCUUUAAUUCAUAUAAUACGUUUAAGAAAGGAAACUGAGAACGAAUGGGAAGACGGAAUCUCUUACUAUUAUUAAUAGAUUUGUAUUUGUCCAAGUUUUUCAAUGCAACGAUGGACCCCGUUAUCCUGCCUUAGGAAUGACCGUUGUAAAAAAUAAAGGUCUUUUUUUGGGCUGCAUUCCACAUUUCCACGUUGUAGACUUCAUAUUGAGCAACAUUUUUAAUUAAAAAAGUUAAAGGGUCAAAUCUAAUUAAAAAGUUACAUCAAGUAAAAAUAAUUGCAUUUGAGAGGAGUAAAACAUACUCAUUUUGUAAAUAGGAGUCUGAUAAGUUCGUAUUUCAACAAACAUUUAAUGCGUGUGGAGAUUGAGAUUUGUCACUUUCCUAAGUUGUUAUAGAACUAAGUCGGAGCAAGACAGAGUACAUGGAGUGCAAGUUUGGUAAAGGUAGAAGCAGUGGUAAUAGCGGAAUUACUCUAGAUUGUAAGGAGAUACCGGUCAAUGAUAUGUUCCGUUACUUGGGCUCUAUAAUUAAAGACGGUGAGUUAGAUGGAGAUGUAUCCCAUAGAAUCAGAACAUGGUGGAUGAAGUGGAAGAGUGCGUCAGGAUUUCUAUGCGAUAGAGGUAUGCCGAUAAGACUUAAGGGUAAAUUUUACAGGACAACAAUUAAGUCUACAUUACUGUAUGGCGUAGAGUGUUGGACGGUAAAACAAUGUCAUAUUCAAAAGAUGAGUGUGGCAGAGAUGCGCAUGCUACGUUGGAUGUGUGGCAUAAUAGGAAGGACCACAUGAGGAAUGAGACAAUAAGACAAAGGGUAGGAGUAGCACCUAUUGAAGACAAGAUGCGGGAGUCGUGCCUAUGAUGCAUGGUUUGGUCAUGUGUAUAGAAGACCGGAAGAUGCACCAGUCAGACGAGUUGAGAUGUGUGGAGAACAGGCAGGGAAGAGAGGGGGAGGAAGGCCCAAGCAGACAUGGGUUAGGGAGUCCGAAGUGAUAUGCUUCUUCUUGGGUUGGAUGAGAGUAUGGUUUUGGAGAGAGCAAAGUGGGGGGCGGGUAUUCGUGUGUAGACCAGAGUGAUCUCAUAUUAUCUUUUCUCCUCUCUUCUUUUUCUCUUUUUUUUCCUCUUUUUUUUCCCUCUUUUUUUUCGUUUUUCUUUUUUUCUCUUCUUCUUUUUUUAAUUUUUUUAUUGCUUUUUUUUAUCAUUAUAUAUAAAGAUUAUUUUUAACAUUUUUAUUUUAUCAUUUUUAGGUAUAUUCAUCUCUUUUUACAUUAUCUUUUUUAUAAUAGCUUAUUCUUUUUAUCUUUAUUUUUUUUCUUUUGGUGGUGAUAUAAUGUAUCGAUUCAUGUUAGCUGAUCCCGAUAUCUUUUGGGACUAAGGCUUGGAUGUUGUUAUUGUUGUACAAAGUGUUUAUUUAACUCAAGACACGGUUUACCGGGUUUGGUUUGCAUUCGUUGAAGAAAAGGAAGAAUUUGGACCCGACAUCGGCGUUUUAGCACAAGUUGAGGAGAUUGGAGAUGUGUUUGAGAGAUAGCGAGAGGCAUCGGAGGUCAACAAGAUGAUUUAGAGGCACCAUUCGAGGCUUGGAUGGUCAAAGAUUGAAGAUAGGAUUGAGCGGGAGCAAACAAGGAAGAUCGAAAAGGGAAAGAUAAUGGUUCAAGAGCCAACCAUGCGCCCCGCAAGUGAUUCUAAGAGCUAGAAGUCAAGAAUUAUGAACCGCACGCCCCGCAGUCUAGAGCACCUCACAGAAGUGCCCGCACGCCGUGCGGGCGGAGUAAAUGAUGGAGCUGAUUAAUUUUUGCGCGACCGCACGGUGACAUGCAUGCCGUACAGUCUGCAGUUCGGCCAAAUUUCGACUAUUUCUAUUUAAAGGCCCUGUUUUGUUCGUUUUUCGUACCAAAGCUUAGAGAGAUAAACCCUAUUUCGACUUUAGAGGUUUUUUAAAGCCUUGUUUUUCAAGAUUAAUGGAUUCUUGUAAGUUCUAACUUUUUAAUUAAUGACAAUUAAUUCUUUUCAUCCUAAUUCUAUUUAUUCUUCAAUUAUGAGUUGUGAGUUGUUUUAAUUAGUGAUUGGGAUUGAUGAAGGGGUUAAUUAUGAUGUAGGAUAUGGCUAGUUUAUAGAUGGAUUAAUUGCAUGAAUCUUUAUGUAAUUUGUGUAUAUUUGAUUUAACUGAUAUCUCUUAUGCCCUAGAAUUGCAGCUUAGAUUAUAAUUGCAUGUAGAAUAAAUUAAGAGAGAUCUAAUUUAUUCUAGGAUACUUUCACACACACUUAAUCGUUCACUAAAAGAUUAGUAACGAUUAAGGAGCCGUACGAUUAAGGGGCUGUACGCUCGCUCGUUUUUCGUACCUGGUUCCCUAAAUUAUUGUACUCUACGUCACAAGAGCGGUUAGAACUAAGUAUUGAUUAGCAUUGCUCAAUUACAUAAUUUUGAUGUGAUUAAGUCUGAUCUGCCAGAAAUCUGAUUACCCCGAAAUCAAUUCAUGUUCCCUUCGUCGUUAAUAAGAAAGAAACCUUUAAUUUAAUCGUGUAUUCGCAUUAGUUAAUUUUCAACCCAAUCAAACUCACACAAUUGCUUUUAUUUUUUUAGUUUAAUCACUGAAUUUAGUUAAUUCUUGAUUCCC